GAGCACGAAGGUUGGCAGCGUGGCCAGGUCGCAUCAACCAAUUCUUGGCGUUGGUAUCAAGAUGCAUAUCCUAGCAAACUGCGGAUGUGGUGUGCUUCAGAGAACGAUUUGACUGCGUGGCAUGCCAUCCAUCGUGCUAUUGGUAUUAAGCCC